GGUUCCGUGCUGGGCGUGGCCCAGUACCUGUGCGCGACUCUGCCCGACCAGCCGCUGUCGGCGCCUUUGGCCCAGUGCCUGCUGCUCCUGUUGCAGGCGCUUGCCUCCGUGACCAUGUACGCCCGUGACGGCAUGAGGGACUUCCUCGGGUCCGGCCUCAUCGCCAAG